UGCGAACCGGUAUCUGUAUCUCAGUGCAUGUGGACGAGACGGCGCUCCGCUGCUUCUGUGUUCCGUGUUUAAAACUGUUCACCCCGGCUGAGUAAUGUUAUAUUUAAGCGGGCUGUCGGUGGCUCUCGCCCUCGCCCUGCUGCCGAGCAGCAGUGAGGCUUUAAAGGAGGGAGAUUGUGAAGUAUGUCUUAGCUUUCUGGGCAAGUUUUACCAGUCACUCAAAGACAAUGAUGUAAAGUUCACCAGUGAUGCUAUUGAAAAAGCUUUGCUGAAAACCUGCAAAGAAGCAAAAGGAAAAGAAAAUCGAUUGUGCUACUAUAUAGGAGCGACAAGUGACGCAGCAACAAAAAUCAUCAAUGAAGUGUCCAAGCCCUUGAGCUAUCAUGUACCAGUCGAGAAGGUGUGUGAAAAGCUGAAGAAGAAGGACGGUCAGAUCUGUGAACUGAAAUACGAUAAGCAAGUUGACUUGAGCACCGUCGACCUAAAGAAACUGAAGGUGAAGGACCUGAAGAAGAUUCUGGACGAGUGGGGCGAGUCUUGUAAAGGCUGCGUGGAGAAAUCGGACUUCAUCCGCAAGAUCACUGAACUCAUGCCCAAGUAUGCGCCAAAUGCAGCCAAGGCACGGACAGAACUGUAAACGCUCUCGUAGAACUUCGGGACAGAGGGAGUGGCUAUAAAGGCCAUGCGGGUGGGUGAUUUGCGCUGUGCAGCUGAUUGACCACCUAAUGGGGACCCAAGUCUUGUUUGUCAUAUUGCCCUUUAAUCUAAUGGUUAACAGGUCUGAGAGUGCAGCCAUUCUUUCAUUCUUCUCUUACAUUCCAUUUCUCCUUAUCUUUGAAAGUUUAAAGUGAUGCUGUGUUUCAGCCCAAACGUCUGUAGUAUCAGGUUUUCCGCAAAUAAACCAAACAUACUGCCUCUCACUGCUCUGUCUGUGUCCCCUGGACGCUGUUAUUUCAGGAUAGGCAUCUGUUUUACUUACAGUACUUCCUCACAUUGUACUUCCAUGAAAAAAAAAAAACUUGGGGCCAACCCAGAUUAAGCCUAGGCCUAUGCUAAAUAAAGUUUUAGGUAUGAAAUGCCAGUGUUCUUGCACUUUAGUUGAGGACUAGGCUUAAUCAGGGUUCACUAAACCAGCUCUUGAAGGAGAAUUCCACCAAUUUUUCUAAAAAUGUCUGCAUAAUAUAGUGGUAGAAAUGCAAACAGUGUCAUUCAGAGUGGUUUGGUGCGAAGUUGCUCAUUUAUAGACACUUUCUAGCUCUGAUUUCUUUACAGUGGAGGUCCUGAUGUCUACAACACAAAUAUAGCCAUUUUAUUUAAUAAUUGAUUUAUUUAAAACCACUAAUGUGCACAGGUCAUUUGAGGUUUUUAUAUGUAAUGUUGAUGAUGGUAAAAUAGUUGUAAGUCUGUUUAUUUUGAGGACCAUUUUGCCUUAGAAAACCCUCUAUGCAUCUCUCCACCAUGAACAGGUUAGAAUAAACUGAUUAAAAUACAUUCUGGGCCAAAAUUUCUAAAAACUACUGUGAAAUAGUGUCUUGGACAUCAGGCUGAAUAUUCAUAACUACUUAAUGCAAUACGUUUGAUGUUGCUUUUAGAGGCCUUAAUUUCUUCAGACGUCUGCUUCCUAUCACCACCACUGUGAACAAUUCUGAAUUAGGUUCUCUGUAACUAAGCAUUUCACACUUAACUGCUCUGAAUGACUUUGUUCACAUCCUUGUUUAAUUAUGCAGAUCUUUUUUUAAAUAAAUAAAUAAAUCAGUGGAGUUGCCCUUCAAAGGAAUACCCUAGCCUAGUUUCUUCAGCACCUGUGCACUAUCAUAAAGAUUAACCUUGUGCUUGCGACUUGCCCGUGACGUUUAAUAGAACUCGUACAUGAGACGCUUAUGCUAAUAUGACUCUUCACUCCAGUUUCAGAGCACAUACGGGCACAGCUGUUUAGGAUGAAGUCAAGAACAGCCUCACUUUAAACUUUCAUUAUUUUUGCACACUCGACGAGGGAAACAUUCAUGCCAGAGGGAUGACUGUUUUUAUUGGGAUGGUAUGGGUGAUAUUACAAAACACUGUAGUUUCUUUUCAAAUGGUUAGGGCUUUUUUUAUUUGACUAUUAUAUAAUAAACCAAUGAGGAGGGUGAUGCACCUACUAAAUGUGGUUCAAUUCAAAUGGACUUUGCUGUAAAACAUGUUUAUUACAGUUGUACUAUACUUUUUCAUUAAAAUAACAAAACCAA